AUGGCUGUAAUAACGAAUACCUCAAGUCUUAAUGGAGGGUUCGUUUCGGGGUCAUUUAUGUUUCUUAACGAUAUUUUUUUAUACUAUUCAACGAGUGACCUUAUUUGGGUGGGUUUCAUGUCAAUGUUGAUGUUCAUUAUAAUGUUGUGGUUGUCCAACGUUGUGGUGCCGGCUAUUCGUAUGGACCGUUACUUGGCGAAUAUUCCACGCGCUCCUGGCGGGCUUCCGGUGUUGGGUCACGCUUUAGAACUUUUGGAAGGUUCUCCGUCUUCUAAAAUGGCCUCAUGGAGUCUUAGGCCAUGGAAGGCAAAGAGAGAAAAUACGGUGGCAGUAACCAAAGCAGGAACUAAUCGAAUCGUGGCAUUUACUGUUUUUAGUCAGCGCGUGGUGUACAUUAAUGAACCAGCUCUCAUCAAGCGUGUGCUGCUCAGCAACCAGCGGAAUUAUACGAAAGAUAUCGCAUCGUCAUACAAACACUUCAUGUGUCUCCUUGGGAAUGGUCUAGUUACAGCUGAGGGGCAUAAAUGGAGAAAGGGACGACUCAUGCUUUCACAUUCACUGCGAAUUGAUAUUCUUGAGGAUAUGCCUGAAAUGACUAUGAGGGCUGUUGGAAGAAUAAUGGAGAAAUUGCGAACUGUCGGCAGUGGGGUUCCGUUUUUAGACCUUAACGAAGAAUUUCGGCACCUGACGUUACAGGUGAUUGGAGAGACGGUGUUGUCCCUGAGCGCUGAGGAAACGGAUCGCAUUUUUCCAACCCUCUAUUUGCCAAUUGUACACGAGUGUAACCGCCGAGUUUGGGAGCCGUGGCGCGCCUUCAUGUUCUUUUCCGAUGGCUUUCGAGAGCGGCGCAGGUGUUUGAAGCGACUUAAUGCAGUCAUCUGCGACAUCAUUCAGGAGCGCUGGAGGCAACGAAAUGAAGGUUCUCAGAAAGAUGUCAUGUCCCUUUGUUUGUCGCAAGUUGAUGCUCUCGAUAAUAAUAUGCUCCUCCAGCUUCGAGACGAUGUGAAGACGUUACUUCUUGCUGGUCAUGAGACAUCUGCAGCGUUGCUCACAUGGGCCACUUACGAAGUUAUAUGCCAUCCAGAAAUACGGGACAAGGUGGUGGAGGAGGCGAAGGCACUUUUUGAUCCGGCGCAUUGCGACAGAACUAUGGAAACACCAGAAGGUGUGUGGGGCAUUCCAUCCGCAUCUGCUGUACGGAGCUCACUGCGCUGGACGCCUGCUGUUCUGCGUGAAACAUUGCGUAAACAUAGCGUUGUUCCGUUGGUAAUGCGGGUGGCUGUCAAUAACGAUAAGUGGCCUGCUUCUGAAACAGGCCUCGAUAAAGAUGUUGUUAUUCCUGCCGGCUGUUCGGUAGCCGUGGGAAUUGAGGGCGUUCAUCAGCGGCCAGAUAUCUGGGAAGAUCCUGGAUCAUUCAAUCCAGAACGAUUUCUCGAUGUCGCCAUACCGAAUGACACAAAUUCACCACCAACUGGUGAAAAGUACGAGAAACGCAUCGACCCGUAUGCGUUUAUUCCUUUCAUCAACGGUCCCCGUAACUGCCUCGGGCAGCAUCUUUCCAUGAUGGAAACCCAAGUUGCCCUGGCUUAUUUAUUUCUCAACUGGGAUCUGCAGUUGCAUGGCGCCGUCUCUCAAAGUGAUACCGAAAUCAACAAGGAACUUCAGCAGGAAGUGGGACGGCCGCAUAAGUUUCUUAUACCGAUUGUACCUGGUAAUGGUCUAAAGGUGGUGGGCCAUCCGCGACCUCGUUAUUAA